AUGUGGCUGGAUUAUCUUCCAUUUAUGCUCGGAACCCAGGAAUCUCAAGAAGAGGGGAUGAAGUCAUCUCUCAUCACUCAGAGAAAAAGAACGGCUCAUUGACUCUUCAGGUGUUGUUUGAGCUGUUUUAUCUCUGAAAAACCCUCUUCUGCGGAAGACACAGAACUUACUGAGAUCGUAAUGACGCCGAUGUCAAAUCCUGAAACAAACCAAUCAUCCAGUACAUCAGAACCUAUUUCUCCCAAAUCAUCCUCAGAAAUCCCUUCAAUUCCAUUAUCAGCUCCAGCCAAAAAGAAGAAGAAAAAGGCAAAAAAAGGCCUUUUAAUUGCAAACUCAGUUGUGGAAGGGCUGCAACUGCUUGGAUCUGGAAAAGAAACAACAGUCGUCAAUGUCAAAAGCAUUCCUAUUGAAUUGCCCAAGGUUUCAACAUUUAGGCUUGAUAUAAGGAAUAAGCCCAAGUUUGUCCCAUUAAAAUAUUGAAACCAAAGAUAUAGCAUUUUCUCUAAGUAUGAUUCUGGGAUUAUGAUGGAUGAAGAGAGUUGGUACAGUGUAACACAUGAGCCUAUUGCGAAGCAUAUUGCAGAGCUUUGCAAAGGAGCUCAAUUAGUGAUGGAUGGAUUUGCAGGAGCAGGCGGUAAUGUCAUUCAGUUUGCUCAUUACUGCCAGACAGUUGGUGUCGAGAUUGAUCCAAAUAGAAUUGAGAUGCUCAAAAACAACGCGAAAAAGUAUGGAGUUCUUGAUAGAAUUAAAUGUGUACAAGGAGACUUCUUGGAAGUAGCAAAAGGGGAAGGGCCAGUUGAUGUACUUUUUAUGUCGCCUCCUUGGGGAGGUCCUGAUUAUGUAAAGUCAAAAAAAUACAAUAUUUUUGCACAUAUCACUCCAGAUAUUACAAAAAUAAUGGAAGUUUGCAAUGAAACUACUAAAAAUAUCAUUUUAUAUAUGCCACGAACUGUAAAUCCAGCACAAAUUGUUCAGCUUUUUAAAUAUAUGCCAAAUAUUGAGAGAAAAGUUGAGUUUCAGCUUUAUUGUUUUGGAAACAAAAUAAAGACUGUGGGAUGCAUUAUUGGAGAAAUGGUGAAAGUUGACUCCAAUGAGGUUGCAAAGCUUAUGCUUGACAGGAUGAAAAUUCCUAAAUAUUUACCUAAAGAUAAAAAUGCUGCGGUUGUUGCUUUUGGCCAAGAAAUAGAAGAGAAUGGUUUUAAUUUUGCGUUAGCAAAGGCAUGUGCAGCAAAAAAACCAAACCGAAAUCGCAAGAAAAACAAGAUAUCAAAAGCAGAGCCAGCUGCUGUUUAA